UUUUUAAACAGCUGAUUUUGUCCAUAACCUUAAAUUUUUAGCGCAUAAAAUACGUGAAAUAACAAAGUAUAAUAUGAAACGGUUGUGUUAUUAGAAGUUUGUCAAUAGACAAGAUAAUUAAUAGUUGCAUUGUUAUUAUUAAGUAUUUCGUUAAUAUUUUUUCGAGGAGCUUUUUUAAAGCAAUAUUUAUGAAAGCACAAUUUUCAAUUUUCUUUAUAUAAAGAAUUAACUAGUCUGUUCACUAUGGUAUUCAAAUGAUAAAAUCAAGCAAAUAUGUGGCAAAGAUCCGGUAUUUUUCGUCAGCGUUUUCUGGCAAAAAAAACAAAAUUACUUAAUAUCAAUCACAAAGUCAUUGUCAGAACAAAUGUGUCAUCUGCCACAAGGGAUGAAACACCUCCAACUGAAGCUGAUGUAGUAAUAUGUGGUGGUGGAGUGAUGGGUGCCGCUGUAGCUUAUCAUCUUGCUAUGGCUGGCUGGGGAGAUCGAACAGUAAUCGUAGAAAGCAGCAGACUAGGAGGAGGUACAACUUGGCAUGCAUCAGGUCUUAUAGGUGCCUUUAAACCAUCUAUGACUCAGGUUAAGUUAACACAAGACAGCAUAGCUUUAUAUAAAGAACUUGAAGCAAAAGGUUUACCUACUGGCUGGAAACAGUGUGGAAGUCUUUCUCUAGCUCGGACAGGAGAUCGAAUGACAGUUUUUAGAAGAAUGAAAGCACAAUCUGUAUCAUUAAAUACUGAAUGCCAUUUAGUUACACCAGAAGAAAUAAAAGCAUUAUGUCCUUUAUUGAAAGUUGAUGAUCUGUUUGGAGGCUUGUGGAUUCCUGGAGAUGGUGUUGGAGACCCAUAUCAGAUAUGUUUGACAUUAAUCGAAGAAGCUGUUAGAAAUGGCGUACGAGUGUACGAAAACUGCAAACUAACAAGAGUAAAGACUAUAAAUGAUAAAGUAGAAGCAGUAGAAACAUCGCGAGGCACAAUAGAAUGUAAAUACUUUGUAAAUUGUACCGGAUUUUGGGCUCGUAGUGUAGGAAAGUUAAGUGAACCAUAUAUUAAAGUUCCUUUACAUCCAGUGGAACAUUAUUAUCUUCAUACAAAGCCUAUUCCUGGUCUAGAUCCUAUGACUCCAGUAGUUAGAGAUUUGGAUGGAUACGUUUAUUUUCGAGAAAAUGACGGACGCAUAUUAGCUGGUGGGUUUGAACAAGUUGCCAAACCCGUUUUUGAAGAUGGUCUCAUACCUGAAAGCCCAAAUGAGCGUUUUUUGCCUCCGGACUGGGAUCACUUCCACAUAUUGUUCGAGCAAAUUCUUCAUAGAAUACCGAGUCUGCAAAACGCUAAACUAGAGAUGUUAUGCAAUGGGCCCGAAGCAUUUUCUCCCGAUUGCAAAUGGAUCGUCGGGGAAUCGCCGGAAAUAAGAAACUACUAUGUCGCUGCUGGAAUGAAAACGAUAGGAAUCGCCGCAGCAGGUGGAGUAGGUCGGGUGACGGCAGAGCUUAUAACGAAAGGUCUAGCCUCGAUGGACUAUUAUGAGCUUGAUGUAACGCGCUUUCUUGGGCUGCACAACAACCGCAAAUUCUUGCGCGACCGCGUCAAAGAGGUACCGGGCAUGCACUAUGCCCUUCAAUAUCCACACCACGAAUUUAAAACUGGUAGAAACUUGCGAAUGUCGCCUAUUUAUCCAAAGCUCAGGGAGGCCGGGGCCGUUUUCGGACAGGUCAUGGGUUACGAAAGACCUACUUGGUUCCAGCCGGAUAAUGAACAGGAUAUAGACCCCAUGGAUGGAACGCAAAAAUACAAAAUCGCUUACACAAACACUUUUGGCAAACCUCCUUGGUUUGGGCACGUAGAAAAGGAGUACGCUGCUUGUAGAGAAACGAUAGGGUUGAGCGACUAUUCCUCCUUUACGAAAAUUGAUUUAUGGUCGAACGGAACAGAAGUGGUAGAUUUUCUACAGUAUUUAUGCUCAAACGAUGUUGAUGUGCCAGUCGGGAGCAUCAUUCAUACAGGAAUGCAAAAUCACCGUGGUGGAUACGAAAACGAUUGCAGUUUAGCACGGAUUGCCCCAAAUCAUUUCAUGAUGAUUGCUCCGACGAUUCAACAAACUCGCUGUAAAUACUGGCUAAAAAGACAUUUACCAUCCGACGGCUCGGUAGCUGUAUCUGAUGUCACCUCGGCUUACACGGCUAUUUGCAUUAUGGGACCUGCUACGCGUCAAUUACUUUCUGAGUUGACUGACACCGAUUUGAAUCCGAAAAACUUCCCCUUUUUCACAUUUAAGGAACUCGAUGUUGGAUUAGCUAAUGGAAUUCGAACUAUGAACUUAACGCACACAGGAGAACUCGGAUAUGUUCUAUACAUUCCUAACGAAUUUGCUCUACAUGUCUACACUAGAUUAAUAGAAGCAGGUGAAAAGUACAAAAUAAGACAUUCAGGAUAUUACGCUACAAGGGCAUUACGAGUUGAAAAGUUCUAUGCGUUUUGGGGACAAGAUCUGGAUACCUUCACUACACCGUUAGAAUGUGGUCGAGCUUGGAGAGUUAAAUUUGAUAAAGAAAUAGAUUUUAUUGGUAGAGACGCUCUACUGAAGCAGAGAGAUGAAGGGGUAACGAGACAAUACGUCCAAUUGUUAUUGAACGAUCACGACCCUGAUAUCGAUACAUGGUGUUGGGGUAAUGAGCCUAUUUACAGGAACGGAAAAUAUUGUGGGAUGACAACUACCACUGGAUAUGGAUUCACGUUUAAAAAACAAGUAUGCCUAGGAUUUGUGCAAAAUUUGGAUUCUAAGGGCCGGCCUCAAGUUGUAACAAAUCAGUAUAUCUUAUCAGGAGACUACGAAGUGGACAUAGCGGGAAUAAAAUUCCAUGCAAAGUGCCAUCUGCAUAGUCCUAAUCUACCAACUAAAUUUCCCGAUAAAGAAAGAGAUUCCUAUCAUGCUACGCGUGGUCAACAAAUCGUAUAAUUGCAUUAGACCAAUUACUUUCAAAUUAAUGAAUUAUCUUUUUAAUAAGAAUGCAUCAUUUCUUAUAUUGAAAGAUAAAGGUGAUAUUCUGCAGCCGUAUCUUUGCAGCACAAUGUCUAUAAGCGAUGCAGAUUUUUACAUCUCUUUUUACAAAUAUUUAAAAGUAUAAAAAAUGGUAGAAUUACGUCUGCUUUAUCACAUUUCAUUUUCUAAGACUAAAAUACUUUUAUAUAGAAAUGUAAUUGUUUUGUAAUCUCAUGGUACUACAGAAAUUGAAAGUUUACAAAGAGAUACAUUAAAAUUUUACUCAAUUAUAAAUUAUAAACGGAUUGAAAACAGAUCGUUUUAAGAUAGAAAAAAAUUGUACAAUAAAUAAUCAAGUAAAAGUGUCAAUUGACCAAAAGCCUAAUUAGCAAAAGAGUAAGAUAUUGGUACGUCAAUACUUCUAAAGCAUAAUAAUGUAUAUUAUCAUGUAUUUCUUGGAAUUGCUGUUAUCUUGUAAGGAUUUGUAACUCAUGUACAGAACAAUGUAUAUAGAAAUUUUUAACUUAUUUAAUAAAUGUCAUUCGUAAA